CAUGGAGAAGCGCAGGUGGGUGGGUUCCUUUUAAUGGAAAAUACGAGCCCCGCCCAUUCUCCUUAAGUACGGCAAGAACCGCGGCUGGUAAAAGAAAUCCUUCCACCAGGAAGAGACUGCAAGCGGACUCAACCAUGAGCUACCCUGGAUACCCCCCUCAGGCAGGUGCCUACCCUCCACAAGCUGCUGGCUACCCAUCUCAGCCUGGAGCUUACCCUCCCCAAGCUGGCGGCUACCCUCCCCAGGCUGGAGGCUACCCACCCCAAGCUGGAGGCUACCCUCCCCAGGCCGGUGGCUACCCUCCCCAGGCCGGUGGCUACCCUCCCCAGGCCAGUGGCUACCCCCCACAGGCCGGAGGUUAUCCCCCUCAGGCUGGUGGAUAUCCUCCUCAGGCUGGAGGCUUUCCUCCUCAGGCUGGAGGCUUUCCUACACAGGCAGGAGGCUUUCCUCCUCAGGCUGGAGGGUACCCACCAGCACCACCCCAAGGCAGCUGGGGAGGUGGCCCUGCUGCUGGAUAUCCCACCAUUGGACUUGGCAACUUAUCCAACCCUGGAUAUGCUGGCAUGGCCAACCAGAUCUCUGCAGGCAUUGCUGGUUUUUCUCAAAAUCCGUCCAUGUUGGCCUACGCUUCUGGGGGGUACCCACCUGCCACUCAGCCCGGUGGACAUGGUGCUCCCUCCCCUAACCAACAGUCCUAUGGCCUGUACCCACAGCCAGGAGGGAACAUGCAACAACCCCAAGGCCCAGGGGCGGGUUACCCUGGUCAGCCUGGACAGCCAAUGCCUGGUUAUGGAGGAGCAGCACCUACACCCAGUUACCCAAAGGCCCCUUCACCAAAUCCAUCCAUGCCAGCCUACGGAGGAGGAGGAGGAGGAGGAACCAUGCCGAUAGCCCCCCCUGUCAAUAGAGGAUACAGGGGAACAAUCAAGGACUUUCCGGGAGCUGACCAGCUUAAAGACGUGGAGGUCCUUAGGAAGGCCAUGAAGGGCUUUGGAACUGACGAGCAAGCCAUCAUCGACCUACUGGGUAGUCGCUCCAAUAGGCAGCGCGUGCCUUUGCUGCGAGCCUACAAAACGUCCUACGGGAAGGAUCUGGUUAAGGACCUGCACUCAGAACUGUCAGGAGACUUUAGGAAGCUGGUCAUGGCCACGUUGAAGGCGCCUGCUGAGUUGGAUGCAUCUGAGCUCCACAGUGCCAUAAAGGGCGCCGGGACUGAUGAAGCCUGUCUCAUAGAGAUCUUGUCUUCUCGCUCCAGCGCUGAAAUCAGGGAGAUAAACCGUGUUUACAAACUAGAGUACAAGAAGUCACUGGAGGACGCCAUUAGUGGGGAUACUUCAGGCCACUUCCGCAGGCUGCUCAUCUCCCUUGCACAGGGUAAUCGUGAUGAACGAGAGACCGUUGACAUCUCUCUGGUUCAACAGGAUGCUCAGGCCCUGUAUGCUGCUGGAGAAAACAAGCUUGGAACCGACGAGUCCAAGUUUAAUGCUAUUUUGUGUGCGCGAAGCAAACCUCACCUCAGAGCAGUGUUUCUUCAGUACCAGCAGAUGUGUGGCAGGGAUAUCGAGAAGAGCAUCAACAGGGAGAUGUCCGGAGACCUGGAGAGUGGCAUGUUGGCAGUGGUAAAGUGUAUUAAGAACACACCUGCCUAUUUUGCUGAGAGACUUUACAAAGCCAUGAAGGGAGCUGGGACCAAAGACACAACCCUCAUCCGGAUCAUGGUCACCCGCUCUGAAGUUGACAUGCUGGAUAUUCGCCAGGAGUAUGUCAAAAACUACGGCAAGUCGCUGUACACACACAUCUCUGGAGACACAUCAGGAGACUACAAGAAACUCCUCCUGAAGUUCUGCGGGGGCAGUGACUGAGAAAUAAACAGUCUACCGCAUUAGCAUUAUUCUAUAGAUAUCUCCGCUCUGCCAUAUUUUUAUGCAUUAUACGCAAACUGCAAGCUGCAUGCCAUGCCAGUACUCUCAAUACAAUGUUUACCUUGUUUAAAAAAAUGAGUAUAUAAAGCUGUUUACUUUUCUAUAUACAGUAUGCAAACAAAAGUUGUAUAUUUUUAUCACUAUUGAUAUAUUUGCUGGAUAUUUUUGGUUUGACCUACAUCGCCAUACAAUAAAUAUGAAAGGUAGAUAGAAAUGGAUUUAUUUUAUAUUUUUGAUGUUAUGUUUAAAUUCAGCCAUUAGAGACGUCAGAAAUCGAAUGACAUCAGGUCAUUUUAUAAUGUUCAGCAAUGCUGAAUAGAUGAGACAUAUUAUGAGAAUACAUAGCAGCUAAUCAUCAAGAAGAUAAUUCUAUAUUUUGUUUAUGUUUGUAUUGGUUCGUCAACUUGUGCUGUAUUUGCAUCAGAUGCUUUUAUUCAUGUUUCACUCUUAGUUGCUGUUGUAGCAUGUUAAACGGAAGCAUCACAUUUCAUAGAUUGUUGGUGCUUCUAUCUUUUUGACUCUCAGAAAACAGAUAUUUUAGAUCUUUUCCUUGACGUAUUUGAGGUUCAUCGCAUGUAAUACAUACUUUAUUUGAAAAGUGCCAUAAAGGAAAAGAUCUUAAGAUUCCAAA